AUGGUGAUGUCCUGGGUACCGACAGUAUGGUGUCAGAUGCCAGAUAGUGUGGUACAAAAGAGCAUCGGUAAGUGCGUCUUCAAUGACGAUCCUGAUUCCUGGUUCAUCACAAGACACAACGUCAACGGUACGCGAUUCCGUCAGGAGUGGUCUGUGGUAUCGCUAGAUGAUCAGGCCUUGUGUAGCAUCUCCAACAACAACGCAAAUGAGGACGAGGUUGACGAACUACUUGACGCCUUUGACGAAGUGUGGAUCGAGAACUAA